AUGCGGCGAGGCUUCGCCGGCAAUUGUCUGUGCGGAUUUGGCGGCAGAACCCGUGCGGGUGCGGCUGCAUUGUCUAGAGUCUCUUUGUUCGGCUGUCGGUUGCCGGCGGCGAGUGGCGGAUGCGGCGGCGUGGUCUGUGUGUUGUCGCACGGCGGUCACUGGCGUGAGUGUGAGGGGGGCACGCCUGGCCCUCUGCCGUCACCGAGAAAGCGGUGGAAUAGUCUGGAAGGGCUCUUGGCUGGUGUGGGUCCGACGCACCCGGCCAGCGUUUUCGACGACGGGCCCGUGGCUCUUGGCCGCCUCGUGAGCAAAUUGUCGGAGGCGUCUUACACGGUGGAGAUGCUGGGUACUGCCGAGAGGGGUUGCCACGGGGGGAACCGCCGCCGGGCCGCGGCGCAGCUGUUGACGGUGGAUGCUGGCACGCGGGUGACGGUCAGGAUGGAGAAGGAUCCCUCGAGCACAGCGGCGGUGGCGCAGUCCGCCAUGCAUAUGAUGGGCACUAUCGUAAAGGUGGACGGAGAUGCCACGUAUGUUAUACUAAUGGAGAGCGGCGAGGUGGAGCUCUCUGUGGCACGUGAACGCAUUGUGGCGCUGCAGCCGCCGAAGAAGCUGCUCCACAGCGCGAGGCUGGUGGCGCUGGUAGGCUGGCUGCGCUCCUGCGUGCACGACCCGCGGAACGUCGAGGCCAUCGCGCUGAUCCUGUUCAGCGGCGGCUGGCGGGAGGAGCGGAUGCACCUGCUGGGUGGCGUGGAUCUCCUCCCGCUUGUGUUGUGUCGAANGUGGAGCUGGACAGCAUUAUGGAGAAGGUGCAGUGNGAGCGCGACCACUACAGGGCGAUGCCCAUGCUG